AUGGACUUGAUCAGGAGGGCCACCAAGGUGGCUCCCAGCAAACCUCCUCUACAACUUCCCCUCGACGAGAAGAGGGAUUCCAAACAUAAUAAGGCGGUCGAUUCCCGCAUGGCCUUUUUCCGGAGACCUCUGCGAUUAAAGGGGAACUCUACAAUUUCCGUACCUCUGGGCGUGGUUGUGUUUUUUCCAAUGCUUGUUUUAAUCCUUAUUUUUAUUCUCUUUGUCAGCCAUCCCAGUUCCCCUGGCAGGUUUCUGAUACCAGGGGGCGCUCCCCCCAAGAUGCGGAAAAUCAGCGAAAAGUACGAUAAGGUGUUCGUCGAGGGCUGCGCCCAGCCUGACACCAGCCAACCUCGAGCCAACGCCGCAUUUGUCAUAUUAGCGCGAAACAAGGAGAUCGAUGGUGUUUUACAAUCCAUAAAAUCAGUCGAGAGACAUUUCAAUCGCUGGUAUCAUUACCCCUAUGUGUUCCUCAACGACGGUGACUUCGACGACAACUUCAAGGAGGCUGUUAGAAACCAUACCUCGGGAGAUGUUGAGUUUGGAAAGGUUGGACCAGACAUGUGGGGGUUCCCCGAUUGGAUUGACCCCAAGGUAGCUUCAGAGGGCAUCGCCAAGCAGGGCGACGCUGCCGUCAUGUACGGAGGUCUGGAGAGCUACCACAAGAUGUGCAGAUUCUACUCUGGUUUCUUCUUCAACCACCCCUUAUUACUCAAGUACGAAUGGUACUGGCGAGUCGAACCUGAGAUCAGCUACUUCUGCGAUAUCACAUACGACCCUUUCCAGAAGAUGAUCGAACACAACAAGACAUACGGCUUCACAAUCGCCGUCAAGGAACUUCGGGAGACCGUUCCCAAUAUCUUUCGAUACGCCUCCGCCUACAAGCGACUUAACAACAUCACAUCGAAGGGCUUAUGGGAAAUGUUCGUCGAGCCACCAGAGGACGAUGACGAGGACACUUCUAAGGAUAGCGAUACCUCACCAAAUCCCGAGAAGAGUUUCUGGGAUACCCUCACGGGUAAAAAGGAGAACAUUGUCGACCCUGAGUCAAUGGAGGGAGAGACCUAUAAUAUGUGCCACUUUUGGUCCAAUUUCGAAAUUGCGAAGCUCAGCUGGUUUCGCAGUAAGGAGUACCAGGACUUCUUCGAAAUGAUGGACAGAAGCGGUGGCUUUUGGAUGGAACGAUGGGGCGAUGCUCCUAUUCACUCCCUUGCCGCCGGCGCGCUUCUCGGUCCCCAGGAUAUCCAUUACUUCCGAGACUUUGGUUACCGACAUACAACGAUUCAGCAUUGCCCUGCAAAUGCGCCGGGCAAACAGCUCGCACGUGAGCCCUACCUAGAAAAGACAACAUUUCCCGAGUAUAAGAGAUUUGAGGAAGACGACUACUGGGAGCAUUGGGACGACGUACAAGAAGGUGGCAUUGGCUGUCGCUGCAGAUGUGAUACAGACGUUGUCGAUGUUGAGGGCAAAGAAGGAUCAUGUCUUGCAGAAUGGGUCGACGUUGCCGGCGGUUGGGAACAUCCAUACUAG